AUGUACUUAACGUUUCUUCAUAUUGUCGUGAAAAUACUAUACACAGUGAAUGUGAUCGGCCAGUUUUUCUUGCUAAACGCCUGCCUGAGCAGUGGAUAUCACCUGUGGGGACUGCAAGUUCUGAACGAUCUUAUCCACGGCAGGGAAUGGGAAGAAACCGGCUAUUUUCCCCGCGUGACCCUCUGCGAUUUUCAGGUUAGAACGCUGGGCAAUUUACAUUACUAUACUAUUCAAUGCGUAUUGAUGAUCAACAUGUUCAACGAAAAAAUUUUCGUUUUUCUAUGGUGGUGGUUUUUUUUGGUAGCCACAGCAACCAUCUGCAGCUUACUGUAUUCUGUUUUCAUCUAUUUUUCGAGGAAACAGCAAAUGCAGUUCGUCAGCAGGUACCUAAGGAUUACUGACUGUUUAUUAGACUUUUCAGACGAAGGUCGCAAGGAAGUGGCAAAAUUCUUCGAUUAUUUCUUACGUUCAGACGGCGUAUUUAUCCUAAGAAUGAUAUCGUGGCACGGUGGCGAUCUGAUAACUACAGAGAUCAUUUAUUUCAUGUGGAACUCAUUUACGAACAACGACGUGAAGGCCCAGCUGAAACUUAGAAGAGAGCCGGCCCGAAGCAGGAGCGACGGCACUUACUUGGAAGAGACAGCUGGACUGCUCACUAACGGAAAUGUCGAUAAGCAUGACGAGCCAGUUGUGGCGCUAAAGAGAUGUGCAAACCAUUUGCCGAAUUACUUUUCCGCAAACUUACUACACUACCUGAACAAGCGUAACUGA